CGAUUGCAAGUGUGUGUGUGUGUGUGUGUGUGUGUGUCUGUAUGUGAGUUUGUGUGUCCUCACUUCAAAUGCGGGUGAGGAGAACAAGAACUUCUCGCGGUUCCGUGGUCGUCUAACUUCCUUUCGUCUGACAAUUCUCCUGGGAUCAAAGCUCCAAUUCUCGAAGAUGAUCACGUUGCAAGAGUUUUACACGGUGAUGUCGGCUGUGGUGCCACUCUAUGUCGCAAUGAUCCUUGCUUAUGGCUCCGUUCGAUGGUGGAAGCUGCUCACACCUGCACAGUGCUCUGGGAUAAAUAGAUUUGUGGCAAUCUUUGCAGUACCUCUGCUCUCCUUUCAAAUCAUAGCGCACAACAAUCCAUACGACAUGAAUCCCAGGUUCGUAGCCGCUGAUGUCCUCCAGAAGCUCAUUGUUCUCGCAGUCCUCGCAUCCUGGUCUAGGCUCAAAAAGUUCAGCUCGUCAGUCAGGAGCACCAGUGGCACAAAGAGUAAAGACUUGGACUGGGCCAUUACCUUGUUCAUGGUGUCAACGCUCCCAAACACACUGGUAUUGGGGAUUCCUCUCGAAGUCGCGAUGUACGGAGAGAAGCCAGCUGAAUUAGUCGUCCAAGCGGUCGUUCUGCAGUGCAUUGUCUGGUACACGCUGCUGCUCUUCCUCUACGAGUACAGAAGUGCCAAAAAUCUCAUCUUGGAGCAGUUUCCUGGACCGUCAGCUGCCAACAUCAGUAAUAUGUUCGCUUACACCCCCGGCAGGCACCAUUACUCGCCAUCACCCAAAACUACCGCUCAUGAUGAGUUGCAGAAACAAGUUCCAAGGAGUCCAGGCCCACUGGAGAGAUUGUUUGUCGGCAACCAGGUAUUUUCUCCCAUGAAACUAGCUGAAGCCGCGAGAAAGAUGGACUACCAGCAACAGCAAUACGAAUCUCGAGAGAUGCAAAUGCUGGUGUGGAGCUCGAGCAACUCUCCUGCGUCUGAUAGAGGCUGUUACGAGACCAGGAAAUUGACAAGCCACAAGAACCUGUCAAUUCAAAUACCGUCGAACUCCACACCAUUACAUCCAUGCAUGGCCAAAGACUUCAGCUUCGUUGAUAACGUUCUGUUCCAAAGAGAAGACACCACCCCGCUGUCAGAGAAGAAUCUGAAGAGCGAAUCACAUUUGCCUUGCAAGGUUCCCUUCACGCCACCGAAACUGGUUGACAGCGACUCGUCAGCUCCGACUCAAAUGCCACCACCUACAGUCAUGACAAAACUCAUCGUGAGAAUGAUGUGGAAGAAGCUGAUCCGAAAUCCAAAUACUUACGCGAGUCUGCUCGGGCUUGCAUGGGCCCUGAUAUCCUUCAGAUGGAACGUCGGAAUGCCAAAAAUUCUCGAGCAUUCCAUCACAAUCUUGUCCGACGCAGGCUUGGGGAUGGCCAUGUUCAGUCUGGGCCUCUUUAUGGCGCUGCAAUCGAGUUUAAUAGCCUGCGGGACUACCAUGGCUGUUGUCGUGAUGAUCAUUCGCUUCGUGACAGGCCCUGCUAUUAUGUCUGCGACGUCGAUUGCUGUUGGCCUCCGAAAUGUCCAGUUGAGGGCCUCCAUCAUCCAGGCAGCACUGCCACAAGGAAUAGUUCCUUUUGUGUUCGCGAAGGAGUACAACGUCCAUCCAGAUGUCUCAGCACGGCGUAAUGUAAUCUUCGGCAUGCUGAUCUCACUUCCCAUCAAUCUUCUCUACUAUGUGCUGCUGGGCCUUUGAGAUCCAGCCAAUGCGUAAGACGAGGCCAGCAUCCUGCCGACAUUUUCCGAAUGUAUAUUGCGGAGAGUUGACUUGUGCCGUCAUCGCAUCAUCGAUUUUUAGCUCUACAUUCAAGGACUAGACUCCAAAUUUUUUGUCCUCUGUAAAUUAAUCGUUAUCACUGGA